AUGGGGCCCAGUAAAAGGGCUGGGGUGGGCAUGGUGUCUCUCUGGAUCGCCAGCAUACCCCAACGACCAAUCAGAAGGCCUCCUACCACCGUCCGAAUGUGGGGGGAGGCCUCCUUGUUCCCCAGAACUCUGUUGGCGCUCCGCCUCUCUGAGCCACUUGACCAAAUAAAUCUUCUCGUCACGAUUCUGCUUGUUAGCGCACGGCGCUCUCGUCCCCAAAGGUCGUGUUCCGCCGAUACUACCGCCGGACACGCACGGGCCCUGUGCGACCCAACGACAGCACCAGCAAGUAAUUUCGACCCCGGUGACGCGCCAUCCGCGCCCCUAUCCCCCUCAACCAAACCCUUCUUGCUAGCCAUGGCAUGGGUCUUCAUAGAACCGGCAUUGUCGCGCGCUAACUUUUCCAAGACUGGAGUUCGCCGCCUCGCCCAGUCUCUACUCCCUUCUCCCGUAGUCGUUUUUGGAGUUGGGAAGGGGUAUCUCGUCCUCUUCUUCCCACUCAUCCCUUUCCUUAACUUCGGCCGAGCCAGCGGCAUUUUGAGGUUCUUUGGGGAUGGUGGUGCUCGAACCACCUCGUCUGGCGCAUCGUUGCGGAUUUCUAUCUGUUGUUCACUUCCCCUCUCUCGUCCUCUUCGGAGUCUUCUCAAUCAGUGGAAGCAAAAGAGAACAAGAAACAAUUCUGGCGAAUUCCAGCAACAGAUCGAAGAAAAGGAAAACCGAAAAGUGCCCUACCUGUCUUUCCGUGCGAACCGUACGGUCAGAAACCCUGACCAAAUGUCUCUUGGUUCUAUUUUCACGUUUUCUUGUGGUUACGUCUGGGUCUAUCCUGGUCACGGCACCAGUUAUGACGCUUGGCCCCAGGCCGCUCAACUCCCGAGGUGGGAUCCGGUCUCCUCGGCUGAUCGUGUGACCGAUCACUUCGAACGCACCGUCCUACCCCACGUUGUGUUAAAAGAUCUAUCUUUGGAACAAGGCGCUAAGUCGGAGGUUUUCUACUUUCAGACGACAGGUCACAUGGGAACAGGAUUGGUCUUGUCUGUCAGCGUUCAGCUGCCUGCGUGUCCCUUCGGUCUGCGACUCCGAGCGUGUGUGUGUAGUGUGUCGAACUCUCCUCGGCUUCUCAUUUUAUGGGGCCCAGUAAAAGGGCUGGGGUGGGCAUGGUGUCUCUCUGGAUCGCCAGCAUACCCCAACGACCAAUCAGAAGGCUUCCUACAACCGUCCGAAUGUGGGGAGGCCUCCUUUUUCCCCAGAACUCUGUUGGCGCUCCGCCUCUGA